UAUUCAAAUAAAUACAUUUUAUAAUGUUGAGAUAAGUGACGUAUGAUACUCGAGUAAUCACGCAGCAGGUGAACUGUACAGCAGGCGGUCUCUAAGCUAAGUUGCUUAAGCCCUAAAUACAGUCCGAUUUUAGACAGAGAGAACACAAUGUGACAUCUCCAGCAUUUAUUCUUAAUUUUGGACAAAGCUAGGUCUGUGUUAGAUGAUUAUGUAUCAAAUUAUUACAUCUUAUCAUGUCGCUGUCAUCGCGCUGCUGGCUAUAAGCUUUAUUCUGCUACGAAAAUGGAUAGCUGGUGGUGUCUGCAAAAGUCGUGCUCGUCUCGAUGGAAAGACAGUUGUGGUCACUGGUGCCAAUACUGGAAUUGGCAAGGAAACUGCAAGAGAAAUGGCUCGCAGAGGUGCCCGAGUAGUGAUGGCCUGCCGUGACAUCACUCGUGCUGAGAAUGCUGCUGAUUCUAUUCGUCGAUCCACAGGAAAUGGCAAUGUAGUCGUCCGACACUUAAAUCUGGCUUCUCUUUACUCCAUUCGAGAAUUUGCCAAAGAGUUCAUUGCCACAGAGGAGCGCCUGGACAUACUCAUCAACAAUGCAGGUGUGAUGAUGUGUCCCAAAUGGAUCACAGAGGAUGGCUUUGAGACACAGCUGGCUGUCAAUCACUUGGGACAUUUUCUUUUAACCAACCUACUAUUAGGAAUGCUUAAGAAAUCCUCACCAAGCCGUGUUGUGAAUGUUUCCAGUAUUGCACACGUUGGAGGAAAGAUUGAAUUUGAUGAUCUGUUUUACGACAAGUGCCCUUACAGUCCUUUGAUCAGCUAUAAACAGAGUAAGCUGGCCAAUGUGCUUUUCUCCAGAGAACUUGCACGACAAAUGAAAGGUACUGGAGUCUCAUCGUACAGCUUGCAUCCAGGAGUGAUUCGAACAGGGCUGGGUCGCCAUGUUGAGUCGUGGUGUCCAAUGCUGAAGACUAUACUGUCUCUGCCCUGCAUGCUGCUGAUGAAAACACCCUGGCAGGGUGCACAGACCUCCAUCUACUGUGCAGUCACAGAGGGCUUGGAGAGUAAAUCUGGCUGCUACUUCAGUGACUGUGCUGAAAAAGAUCCUGCUCCAGAAGGUAAAGAUGAUUCAGUGGCAAGAAGGUUGUGGGAGGAGAGUGCUCGGCUGGUUGGACUAACUAAAUGACCAGCACUGAAACAUCAUCCUGCACAAGUAGGCCUGUACUCUUCAUAAUUACAGGUGCUCCCCCUAGUGGUGAUAACUGUAACUUAAGUGAGGUGGCAUAACCAGGGAUGACGCAUUUUUGUAGGCCAACCCGGAAGUGAGCGGGACACUGGUUCCCUAACAAAAAGGCCUAUUCAUUUUUCCAAUAGACUUUGGGAUUAUUGCAAAAUAAGCUCUGUGUUUAAUAAAAAAAUGACAAUCGUUUUGUUCAACAAGUUAGUCUUCACAAAUGAAUACAACUUGUUUGAAUUAUUCAAGUCAAAUAAAAAUGUGGCUUUUUAUAUUUCUAUUUAAUGCAUUUAGACUUCAAAAAAUUUAUAAAUAAAAUUAUACACGUGUUGGUAAUUUAAUUAAAAAAGCUUUUUCACUUGUGAUCUCAGAGUGUUGGACACGUGCACGCAUUGAUUUUAUACAACCACUAGAUGGCAUUAAUGUUGUUUUUGUAAACAUGAUACAUUAUGUAUUUGAAAAGUCCUCAACUUUUAAAAUAAUAAAACAAAGUUGUUUUAUUCCAACACUAAAGCAGAUCAUCUGUAUACUUAUGGAAAAUAUGUAAAUGAAGGAAACAGAUACUUUAUUACAUUAUAACCCUGUGAUAUGGCCAUGGUGUGUCAGUACUUAUGUAACAAGGACACUAAAAUCAAUAUAUAGACAAUCUGUGUUUAAAACAUAGACAUCCUAUUUGGUGUAACUUAAUGUAAAUUGUAUUUUUGACGUAAAUUGUAUUUGCAUUUUUAACAAUCUGUUAAUUUGUAUUACCCCAUAAACAUUUUAAAAUAAAAGUUAUAAUUUGAUAAUAUAUAAAAAAUGUUGUGACCAAAACUUUAUUAUUUUUCAGAUAUAAUAAGGAUAACUAAUAUAUAACAAAAUAAAACAGACAAUAAAUCCAUCAAGGGACGGGGGAGCAAUAGACACAAUAGCAACAAUUCACCCUUUAAAACAUAAUAAGUACAUUAA